UGUGCAAGGAGGCUCAGAUUGGGGCAUUCUUUCCGAAAACCAAAGCCUUAACCACUGUGCAUCAAGUACAACUAACAAGCAGGAAGAUGAACUUAACUGGAAAGGCUUUGCUACAGUGGAUCAGGAAGACCAAGAAUGUGUGAUUAUAGAUAGUAAGGACACUGCAGAGGUGGCAACUCCUGUCACAUUACGGAAUACAACUAAAAACGCAGGAAUUACAUCAAAUGUCGAACAUACUUACCAGUGCCCUGUGUGCUCAAAGUGCUUCACUGAAUCAUCACAGCUCCAGCGGCAUUCUCUCAUCCAUACAGAGCACAAACUGUUCAACUGUCACAUUUGCUCCAGGGUGUUUAUACAGCGGUCUCAUUUAAAUGAGCACCAGUGCACCCAUGAAGAAGGGAGGGGUUCUGCCAACUACUCUCUGAGAAACACAGCACAGUCAGAGGAUCAAACCGGACAGAACCUGUCGAUCUGUGAUUAUGAUGCAGAUUUCACAGCUCAGAUUUCUGUCCUUCAGAGUCUUAAUCAAGACCAAACUGAGACCGUAAUGAACAGCUGGCAUCCAGUAGCUCCACACUAUAGCUCAGAUAGCACAACAUCAGUCAGCAAGGACAGGUCCGGAUCAAACAGCUUCACAUCUACGAACAAAGUGAAAUGCGCUAAAAAGCCCUACCAGUGUACAGUGUGUCAAAAGAACUUUGAUACCCCUUCUAAAUUAUCCAGACACUUUUUCAUCCACACAGGUGUGAAACCUUUUAAAUGCAAUGUCUGUUGUAAGUCCUUCAGACAGCUGUGUCAUUUACAAAGUCACCAACAGACCCACAAGGGAAGGACAAGCGGGGAUGCCAGACAAAGGGAUGGGGAGAACCAAUGGAAUUCUGCAGAGAGCCCUCCUCCAGAGGACCCUUUGCCUGAGGAACAUUUCCCUGCUUCUACUGUUCCACAGGAGGAGGAGCUACACGAUGCAUUACAGCUGCCAGACUGCACCUCACAGCCCUUCAAACCCAGCUCUAUACACCAGUUAGCUAUUAAUGAUAGCUCAGAUCACACAACACAGAACACAGUCUCAGCAUCCAAUGGAACACUGGACCUAAUCCCAGCAGGAGAACUGGAAAUCAAGAUCAAACAAGGAAAGGCAGACUAUAAAUGUUCAGAGUGUCAGAAAAGCUUUGUGUCCCCUUCCAAACUUGAAAGGCACAGCUUAAUCCACGCAGGAGAGAGACCCUUCAAGUGCUCUGUCUGCGAUAAGGCGUUCAGACAGGCAGCGCAUCUGAAGGUUCACCAGCGAGUUCAUGAUAGAAAGUCAGAAGGCCCUAGUUCAUUUUCACAGGAAAUAUUCAACAGUGAGUCUCACACACACAAUGUAUACCACGUUUACCAAAUGGGAAACAUCGCUGAGACCGAUCAGAUUUGUGGUACGAGUGAGGACUUUGAAGAAGGACAGGAUAGUCAAGUUGCGGGAGUGGAGGUGUCCUUGGAACCUGAAUACUCUGAUGACUACUGGUGCAGACCUCUUGAUGGGCUUUUCAGUUGUGAGGAAUGUAACCAAUCCUUUGUCACAAAGAAGAGACUGCGCACCCACAGGUGCUUUUCCAAAAGUCAAGCACUGAACACACGCUCUAGCUUUUAUCAGUGUGCCAUAUGCUUCAAAAACUUCAAGUCUCCCUCUAAACUGAAAAGACACUAUGUCAUUCACACAGGCCAGAGGCCGUUUAAGUGCUCUGUCUGCAGGAAGACCUUCACUCAGUCAAGCCAUUUGAAAACACAUCAGCUAAUUCAUAAAUAGUAUAGAGAUAUAUGUCUUAUAAUUAAUUGCAUCACUUUUUGUGAUGUAAAAUAUGCAGUUCAAAA